UCCAUCGUUCUAAUCACAUUAUAACUCUUUUCACGUUGUUGUUUUCAUACGUGGCAUCACUGUCUAGUGUCUACUGGUUUCCGCGUUGAAACUGUUGGGCAGCAAACCAUUCCAAUUUCUUCCCCUCAUCUAAAUCCGAAACAGAAAUCCCUAUACAAAAACAAAUAAGGCAGCUCAACCGCAGCUACGAGAUUGAUUGCGGAGUUGGACCAACAACGAUACUCCCUCUAUCUCAUCAUCAAUUGUUUCUCGCCUUUUACCCACCCUCACCUCGCCUUCUUUUCCUUUCUCAGUUUUCUGGUAACGGGAUCCUUCCUCUUUUUCCUUAAAUCGUUCUAAAUUCAGUCUGUAGGGUUAUAUACCGUACUGGGUUUGGUUCUCUUGUUCGAUUCCUUGAUCUUGGAUGCUUAAAGUUUGCGCCUUUUUCAGUUUUUCCUUGGAAGGUUUGGUUGGGGAAGUUUGAAGCUGUUGUUGUUGGUUAAGAAGAAAGAUCAUGUCGAUUUCUACCGCUGAAUUUCAUUUCUGAGGAAGAGGGAGUGCGAGAGAAGACCAUUGGUCUGGGCAAUUUUGGUAAAGCUAAUUUCUGAAGCUGACAUCUAGUGUGGGAAGAAAAAUGGGGUGUAUUGCUUCAAAGGAAGGUAGCCCUAGGGAGAGGCUGUCAUCACGUCGGGGAGUGUCCUUCGAUAGGCGUGUUGCCCAUGUGAAUACAUCGGGAGGAAGGGAUGAAGGGAGUCGAUCAAGGAGCAUAUCAGACACUGGUGAGGUUAAGGUCAUGUUGAUUGAGAAGAAGAAUCACGGUUCCAGUAGGUACCAUAGUGAUCAGAUGGUGGAGUUAAGGUCGAAAGAUUAUCGAAUCGAGAAGAAAAUGGUGGAGAAACGUGAGGUUUCUGCUGCUGUUGGUACAGCUUAUUCCAAGAGUGAGAGAAGGUCUGAGAUUACGGAUUUUAGUGAUCCCGCUUGGGGGAGGGUGCCAAAGAAUUUGGAGGCUGAGCAGGUUGCAGCUGGAUGGCCUGCCUGGCUUGUCUCAGUUGCCGGCGAAUCAAUCAAAGGUUGGGUUCCCCGGAAGGCGAAUUCAUUCGAGAAGUUGGAUAGAAUUGGACAAGGAACUUAUAGCAGUGUCUACAAGGCACGCGAUGUGACUCAUGAUAAGAUUGUUGCUCUUAAGAAAGUCCGGUUUGAUAAUAGUGAUCCAGAUAGUGUCAAAUUUAUGGCGCGUGAGAUACUUAUCUUGCGAACGCUGGAUCAUCCUAAUGUUAUAAAGCUAGAAGGCCUGAUAACAUCACCAACUUCUUCAACUUUGUACCUUAUUUUUGAGUACAUGGAACACGACCUCACAGGAAUUGCUUCAAUACCAGGUCUCAAGUUCACUGAACCGCAGAUAAAGUGUUACAUGAAGCAACUUUUAAGUGGCCUUGAUCACUGCCAUAACCGCGGUGUUCUGCAUCGUGACAUCAAGGGUUCGAAUCUUCUGAUAGAUGACAGCGGCAUCCUGAAAAUUGCUGACUUUGGCUUGGCGAGUUUCUUUGACCCUAAGAGUAGUGCUGCAUUGACCAGUCGUGUUGUUACUCUAUGGUAUAGAGCCCCAGAACUUUUACUGGGGGCGUGUAACUAUGGAGUUUCUGUGGAUUUAUGGAGCACUGGGUGCAUACUUGGUGAAUUAUAUUCUGGAAAACCUAUCUUACCUGGAAGGACAGAGGUUGAGCAACUGCAUAAAAUCUUCAAGUUAUGUGGCUCACCAUCUGAUGAUUAUUGGAAGAAAUCAAAACUACCUCAUUCUUCAGUAAUAAAGCCCCAACGGCCAUACAAACGAUGUGUUGGAGAAACAUUCAAGGAAUUUCCUGCUUCUGCUCUUGAACUUUUAGAGACCUUACUGUCCGUUGAUCCCGUUCAGAGAGGGAAUACCGCUUUAGUCCUGGAGAGUGAGUAUUUUGCGACGAGCCCAUUUGCUUGUGAUCCUUCGAGUUUACCCAAGUACCCUCCCAGCAAAGAAAUUGAUGCUAAAAAGCGGGACGAAGAAGCUAGAAGACAAAGACAAGCUGCCAUUAAGGGGAAUGGACCAAAUGUGCCAAUGCUUAACAAGGGACCGACUGGCAAUGCAGAUGUAUCCUCAACACAGAUCAGCCGUCAUUCCUAUUCAAAAGGCGAAAUGUCCCACUCGAGCAAGGACAAAAAUUUCUCUGGUCUCCUUGUCCAUCCCUCUAAGCAAAUUCAACCUGGAAAUGAAGGAAGACGGAGUUACAUGGAAAGCCAACGUCCAAAAGUCUCACAUUCUGGGCCGUUGGUCCAUGGAGGUGGCUGGACAAAGUCUGGUAGAGAUCAUGACAAUAAUACUCAUGGGGCAUCUGCAAGAAGCACCAACCUGUCAACAAUAUCUGGUCUAGUAGCUUCCAGGGCUUCAUUGCCUGAAGACCGCCUGGGAAAACCCAGUACUUCGCAGCCUGAUUUAGUAAAGCAAGGAGGAGGAAGUAGGGCUCAUGGCUCACUAAACCGGCCAGACUGCCCGAUAACGGAAGACCAAAGUUUUCCAUCCCAAAGGGGAACCGUUUCUUUUUCUCAGUCUGGAAGUGGGCAGCAACCUGGUAGUCAAGACCCUGGCCUGCAUAUUCGGGGGGCCAAGGGGAACAAGAUAUACGUAUCUGGUCCAUUACUUGUACCAUCGAACAAUGUGGAGCAGAUGCUGAAAGAUCAUGAUCGUCAAAUACAAGAGUUUGCUAGAAGACGGCAGGCGAAGCUCGGAAAGGGAGGUGUUCCUGUGAGAUAAAAUGUCGAAAUCAGAGGCAACCAUUCACGAAGGUUUAAGAAGAAAGGCUAACUUGAUUGUUGGAAGACCUAGUUAGAAGCAGCUCCCUCAGUACCCCCCUCCUCUUUGUACAGUAGAUUAUUUUUCUUACAUCUUUUCUUCCUUUUCCUCUCAGCUUCAGUACAUUAUGGUGCAGAUGGCAAAAAUGACUGCCUUUGCAGAAGAGUGGAUUUAUCUAUUUUUAAUCAUUGAUAAGUGCCAUUUCUUAGCUGCCUGCUUGCUGUUGGCGGUUGGUAACCAGUGUGUGGCCUCCUUUCUCCAGUCGCUCCUGGUUCAUAGAUUUGGUGAGAGUGCGGGAAGAUGAGUCUAUAUUGUGUUGCUUACAGUAGAGUUUAGGAGAAGAAUCAAAACCAAGGUUUGAUUUUAUGAUGAUGUAUUUUGUGUAUACCAGAUAUAUGUUCUGCCCUGGUGGUGGUGUAUACAAGUUUCUUUCCCAUUUUCAACUUCCUCUCUGUAAAUAGUUCUACAUUUAGUCACUGAAA